CCUGCUAGUUCGUCUCCAGACUCACUGGGGAGCCCAAGAACAUCUUGUACGUUUCAGCCAUGGAAGGCGACAAUAUAAUAAUGCCGCUUUGAAUUGAAGAGAUUUUCCAAGAUGCCAGGCCUUUUGUCCAGUCCUGUGUAUCUGACAGUUGUCUGGUUUUUGUCUUGGUCACUGCUUCCCAGUUGUGCUCAGAUUUGGACUGAUGAAGUGUCAGAUGUGCAGUAUGGGCGUUUGGAGUCAAAUGUGACACUGGCAUGUGGGAAGUCACAAAUCAGGACACCUGUAGUGUGGCAUCUCAACCACAGCUCAGCGUUACCAUGGCACAAAGUGACAUCAGAUGGAGCCUUAGUCCUGCUGCAUGUCGACCACUCAGCACAGGGCAACUACAGCUGCUAUGACAAUGAUGGCCUCCUCCUGCACUCUGUCAAACUCAGGCUGGGUCGUCCCCCUGGGCUGCUGAGCAUUUCCUGUCAAGUGCCCAAUUACACACAUGUUCGCUGCUCCUGGGUGGAAUCUGUAAAGACCUUCCUGCCAGCAAAGUACAAUGCCUCCUUCAGGGGGAAUGGUCAGAUGUGGGCGCCAUGUGUCUUGGACAUCGUCCGCAAGCGCUGUGACAUAGAUCACCCUGCAUUCUGGCAGGCCAUGCACACCCUUCGAAUCACUGAGACUAAUGCCCUUGGGUCUGAAACAACAUAUGGCCAGUUUAGGCUCCAUGAGCUGUUGAAACCAAACCCUCCAGAGUCAGUCUUGGUGAAGGAGAUAGAAGGCUAUCCUAAGAGACUGAAUGUGUUCUGGAACAUUCCCUCCUCCUGGCCUCAGCAUGAUGCCUUCCCCCUACUGUUUCAGAUCAGAUACAGGCCACAGGGCUCCAUAUACUGGUCAGAGAUUUACUCUGAAGAGAGUCCAGCCAUUAUAUUUGAUGCCCUGGCUGGCCACGUUCACCAGGUCCAGGUUCGAGCCCGGGACGAGGUGAACUCAGAGAGCCAGUGGAGUGAAUGGACUCCCCUGCUUUUAGUCCGGCCCUGGCAAGUCUACACCACCCCUGACCCUGCAGAGGCUUUCCUGCCAGAGGAAAGAGAUCCAGACUAUUAUUUCCCCAUCACCCCAAAGCCUGAAACCUCCACUCCAAAAUCGCACAAUCCUGUACCUGAUGAUAAAGGUAAUUUGGGUUUGGUGAUUCUACUGGUUUUGUUCUCCGUGGUCAUCCUCACCACCAUUCUUUCCCUCAUCUUUGUCGUGUGGGUGAAGCAGAGGCGGCACGACCAUAUGACCAAACAAGAACUCACUUCUAUGGUUAAGAUGAAGACCAUGCCAAUCUAAUGUUGAUUUCAAGUAUCCUCUCCUCAUCAGACCAUUCUAGGGCUCCACCCAAGAGUCAGCAGUUAACUACAGUAACCACAAUGCCUCAGUCAAAGUCCAUUCAGGAUCAAGGACAAUCUACAAGGAAUUCUCCAGAGUUAGGGUAAACUUACCCAGUAAAGAAAGCGGACUCGAGGGUAAGUACUGGACUUAUUCCAUGGUCACGUCUAAUGGCACUACCCAUAGUGCAUCAGCGGACUCCACUUACUGUCCAUGGCAACAGAGGAAACAGACCCUACUCUGUUACUCUGAGGUUACUCCUCAGCAAACUAUGAGCAAGACUGUGCUAGGACAUUUGAGUUCACAACCAAUGCUGCUUCAGAUGGACUGACUCCUCAACCUGUUUGGAGAGGGGUAUCAAUAUUUUUACUGUUUAACUUUUAAGCAAGUAGGGACAGGAAGUGCAGCUGCCAUACAGGAGAACAUACGCUUUUCUGUGAGAAGUUUUUUUUUUUUUUUUUUUCCUGGGACAACCUGUCUCUCUUCUUCCACCCAGAACUCUUCACUUUUUUAUUUUUAUUUUUUUGAGAGUGAUUGUUUUUACAUCAACUGACCGACUGACUCACUGUUGUGAAGGAAACAUUAUUCUCUGUGUUCUUCUGAUGCCAAAGCAGCAUCUGCGGGCAUUAAGGUGUCAGCUGAGGGACAACAGCCAAUAACAAUUGGCUCCUGACAUAAAGGAUGGACAUGGAGAAUAAGGUCCAUGGUAGGUGGGAUGGGCUAUUUAGACUUUUUUUUUUUUUUUUUAGCAUAUGACAAGUGAUUUUAAAUUGCAUGAUAUGUUUGUUCUGUUCCUUUUGUAAUGCCUCUUUCUGUCCAUCCAUCCACUGUUCCUGAUUAUGUGUCAAGAAAGACAUGAAUAGAGAAGUAAGAAAAGAGAUACUGGCCUUUCACAAACCACCAGCAUUAUGAUAGCAAAAGAAUAUCAAACUGCUCCAAAUGUCCCUAAUAACUUGUUUUUCAAGUCAGGUUUUAUAAAGAAAUGCUGACAUAUACUGUACAUGUCCUCAUGUUCAGACUAAACAAUGUGUGUCCGUUAGGGAUCAACAUCAAACCAUGUUAAGAUAAAUCCACUGUUGUAUUAUCAAUUAAUGUGGACUAUUUUUUGGUUAACUGAAUGAUUAUUUAGUCAAAACAAGUCCACUAAUGAAUUUGACUGCCUGAUCAUUUCAUCACUGCCAUUACUACAUUAAAGAAUAACUCAUUCAGGUUAUUACCUAAAGAUAAGCGACACCAGGUAACGGUAAGAUCAUGUGGUCACACAGUGCCUAGAGAAACCUUUCUAACAGCAGUUCAUAGACGUUUUCCUAUGUUACUAACUUGUUUUUGUAGAGAUUUUACCAUAAAUCUGUUACACAAAAUAUUGUUACUAACAAUAAAAAAAGGUUGUAGAUUAAAGAUAGAAAUGCUUUAUAACAAAAUGAUUUUAUUUUGAAAUUACUGUAUGAGAGGACAAAGCUAACCAGCUAAAUGGUUUUUUAAGCACUUUGUCACAUGGGAAAUAAUCAUUUAACCUAAAAAAAAACAAACAAUGUAAACCACAAUUAAAGAACAAAAAAAUACAUGUCACUUGGUUUACACUACAGUGAAUUAGAAUGAAUGUUUAGGAGGAUGUUUUAGUAUGGUGAUACUUUACAUUUCUGAGUAAAGUUUAGUAGGAUUGUGGGCAUUGACACAAGUCAGCCACAGGAACGAUAGUCAUGGGCAGCUGGAGUUGGUGUAGCUGAACACAGUGAUGUACUAGUCUCUUGUUUUACCAGGCUCUUAUUUUACCAGCCAGCCAGCUGGUCAGUUAUCCCAUAAAUGCUGAGUUUAUGAAGCUGAAUGGGAGAGCAUGUUGGCUGGUGGGCAUGCACGUGAGAUGAGUACGAACAUAACAACUUGAGCGAUUCUCGCUCACUGUACUUGUAUCACAUCCCGCCAACUCAUGGAAAAUGAAUGAUUUCUGGGUAGCUAGUGCGUAGUGAAUGAAAAGCCCCAAAUACCUCUCUGGGUCUCUUCUGCUUUGACACCUGCUCCUACCGGCUAACUUUCUGCCACAGAUGGAAGUAAGAAGCUUUACUGCUUGAGAGGGCAGCUCGCAUUACAUUUCUUUCUAUCUGUUUGUCUGGUGGUUAUAUUGUGUUGAUCCAAAGUUGUGUAUUUCCAAAUGAUGGACUGAGUGAUUGGCUGACCGCGUAUCAAAAACUCGAGGUGCAUCUAAGUCAAACUUUUUCCAGUUUGACUGUCUGUUCUUGCAAGCUAGUUCAACAUAUUAUGCAUGGAUCCAGUUGAAGCUUUUUUGUGUAUUAUUGCAUAUCACACUUAAAAAAAAUCAACAUAUGUAUAAGUGAUGUUUAUAUGUUGAGAUGACUUAUCUCUGGGAAGGUUUCACAGACAUGGAUUAACUCAGUAGUCUUGUGUUAUUUGUUAAUGGACACAUUAGCAGCUAAUAGUAAUUUUAUAGUGCAUUAUUUUAUUUUAUUUUUUUUUUUAUCCAAUUCACAGGAACCUCCAAAUAUUGUGAAACGGUUUGUGGUUUGAUUUUUAUUUAUACAUUGCACUUAAAUGCUCCAAAUUAAAUGCCAAGAGUCAAUACUUAAACUCAUUUGACAAAGUGGAAAAUCAUCCAAUUUUCUCACCUUUGAGAUUUGUGCAGAAUUCGUCAUUUCAGAUAAUUUUGCAAUGUAAAAUCCUUAAGUGGCUGAAGUUCGAUUCCUACUGGGAACUAAUGGGUAUUGAUCCAUGUCUGAAAAUCCAUCCCAGCAUUGUGUAUUUGUCUUUCCUCCCAGUUAUAUGAAGCUGUGUUACUGUACAAUUACUGUAUGGACAGUGUGGUUACUGAAUUAGUUUUCAUCCAUUGUGCUUUUAGUGUUCACUUUCAUUUAUUUCGUAAUUUAGCUCCUUUUAUUUUAUUUUGU